AUGGUCUCGAUAUCUUGCGGACGCAUUCGUGCUCGUCCAUCGCUUAUUUCUUUUCCCUGUGCACUUCAGACACUGGUCUGCGAGAUCCGCAGGGGCAUUCGCAGUAGCGAUCUAGGGAGAGACUGUAGCUCCGCUUGCACACCGAUUUCGGCGGAAAGGUGUAGCCGCGCUUCGACGCGUCUUUCAGCCAGCAGUGGAAGUGAGAUUAGAGCCUCAAGCAACUUCCUACAUUCAUGCACUGCGGGUGAUUUGGGAUGCAGCCGCGAUCUGGCUCAUACGCAAGUGCCUACAGCCUCUGAAUCCUCCACUCAGCGCAGAAAAGCUGCUCGCGGAAGAUUUUCUGCCUCUUCCUCUUCGUCAGUGCCUGCCUUUUUUGGCCCUUCUCCCGUCUCCCCUGCUUUUCGAACAAGUCGUCCCUUCGCCACCAUGAGUUCUGCGUUCACGGACACGACAGCGAGUUCGAUCGCAAAGACAAGGGAGCUUUUGAAGACCCUGCAGCUGGGUGCUGUUGUCAAUGGAGUCUGGCUUCGUUCUCAGGAUACCGAUUCCUCCACUUUGCCGCCUUCGCUGGCCUCUCUCCUUCCGUCAAAUUCUUCUUGUGAGGAGGAGGAGACUGAAGGAGCGGCUUCAGCCUCUUUCGCGGUGACAGACCCCGCAACUGGGCAGGAGAUUUACCGACUUCCGGCUCUAGGACGCAUUUAUACCCGGGCAGCCAUUGCCGCAGCGGAGAAGACACAGCGCGAAGAGUGGGGCUGUGAGCGGAAAGCGCCAGUUCUACGUCGCCACCACGUACUGCUCGAAUGGGAGAGGUUGGUCAAGCAAGAGAAGGAGAGUAUUGCCCAUAUCAUGACUCUAGAGAGUGGCAAGCCCCUCGCUGAGUCGCGAAACGAGGUGAUGUACGCAGCAUCUUUCAUCGGUUGGUUUGCCGAGCAAAUCCGCCGGGAAAAUGGCAUCAUCAUUCCCUCUCCCGCUGGAGACAAAACGAUGAUUGCGUACCGCCAGCCUGUGGGUGUCUGUGCACUAAUCACGCCUUGGAAUUUUCCUGCGGCGAUGCUCACAAGGAAGGCUGCGGCAGCUUUGGCUGCGGGUUGUUGCUGCGUGUGUAAAGUCCCACACGAUGCUCCUCUAAGUGCUCUAUACAUCGCGAAAUUGGCAGAGAAGGCUGGUGUCCCGAAGGGCGCCCUGAAUGUCCUGACGACGGACAGUGAGGGAUCCCGUCGAUUUGGCGCGGAAGUCUGUCAAAGCGAAGUUGUGCGGAAAAUUUCCUUCACUGGUAGUACCGCCGUUGGCAAACUGCUCAUGCGACAGGCUGCAGACACGGUGAAGAGAGUGUCAAUGGAGUUAGGCGGAAAUGCGCCGUUCAUAGUCUUCGAAGACGCAAAUAUUGACGAGGCAGUUCAGGCCAUUGUCGCGUGCAAAUUCCGCGGUGCUGGACAAACGUGUGUGUGUGCAAAUCGAGUGUACGUACACCGCGACGUGUGGGACCAGGUUGUUCCAGCGGUUGUGAAACUUGUCAGAGAGCAAAUUGUCGGCCACGGCCUGACCCACGGGGUAUCGAUUGGACCUGUCAUCAACCAAAAGGCCGUAGAAAGUAUCGACUCUCUUGUGGAAGACGCUGUAGAAAGGGGCGCGAAAAUCCUUCUGAAAGGCGGUCCAAAUGCAAAGCUGAAGCGUUUGCCGGAGGAACUGAGUCGCGGGAGCUUUUACUGGCCCGUGGUACUCGACUGCCGGGAAUUCGACGGACAGGAGGAACAAGGUUUGAAAGAGGAGAAAGACGCAGGCAAAGAGGGGGCAAAAGAAGCCACGGUUGCGCGCAUUUUGCAGGCCGAGAUAUUCGGUCCAGUACUCGCGUUGUAUUCGUUCUCGAGUGAGGAAGAAGUGAUUCGAAGAGCGAAUGCCACACGCGCGGGUCUUGCCGCAUACAUGUGUUCCGAAAAUAUCAACAGAGUGCGUCGUGUCUCUGCUGCUCUUGAAGGUGGCAUGGUCGGCGUCAACACGGGAGUUAUUUCGGCAGCUGAGGCACCCUUCGGCGGAGUAAAAGAGUCAGGUGUUGGACGGGAAGGAUCGAUAUACGGUCUUGAUGAAUAUUCUCAAAUCAAGUAUGUCUGUGUAGGUGGUGGGCACCAGUGAUGAUGAGGGCAAAACAGAGCAACAUCCGAAUCGUAGCGACGACGACGAAACAAACGAAUGAGAGAACCAGAUAGAGAACGUUAAAGUGGCGCUACACCAGAGACGACCGGUAUGUGUAUGGGACGUGGGCCAUGGAAACGUGCGGUCUUAACUGAUGAACCCGGAUCCCUCAAC